CCUCCCGCCCCCAGCCGCCCGCUGCUUGCCCUGGCCCUGUCCCGACCCCCGGUCAGGCUCACUCCCGCCUUGCCCUGCCGAGCGGUCCGCCGGGCACCCGGGCGGCCUCCAGAGCAGCCUAAGCCCAUGAGGGCCGUGCGCCCGGCCGCCUGCGCUGACGAGACGGAGCUCCCGGCUGGCGAGAAGGAGCGGAGGAUCAAUGCGGUUCAAGAAUCGAUUCCAGCGGUUCAUGAACCACCGGGCCCCAGCCAAUGGCCGCUACAAACCAACUUGUUAUGAACAUGCUGCUAACUGUUACACACAUGCAUUCCUCAUUGUUCCAGCCAUCGUGGGCAGUGCCCUCCUCCACCGGCUGUCUGAUGACUGCUGGGAAAAGAUAACAGCAUGGAUUUAUGGAAUGGGCCUCUGUGCCCUCUUCAUCGUUUCCACAGUAUUUCACAUCGUAUCAUGGAAAAAGAGCCACUUGAGGACAGUGGAGCAUUGUUUCCACAUGUGUGACAGAAUGGUUAUCUAUUUCUUCAUUGCUGCUUCUUACGCUCCAUGGUUAAAUCUCCGUGAACUUGGACCCCUGGCAUCUCAUAUGCGUUGGUUUAUCUGGCUCAUGGCAGCUGGAGGAACCAUUUAUGUAUUUCUCUACCAUGAAAAGUAUAAGGUGGUUGAGCUCUUUUUCUAUCUCACAAUGGGGUUUUCUCCAGCCUUGGUGGUGACAUCAAUGAAUAACACCGAUGGACUUCACGAACUUGCCUGUGGGGGCUUAAUUUAUUGCCUAGGAGUUGUGUUCUUCAAGAGCGAUGGCAUCAUUCCAUUUGCCCAUGCCAUCUGGCACUUGUUUGUGGCCACGGCAGCUGCAGUGCAUUACUACGCCAUUUGGAAAUAUCUUUACCGAAGUCCUACAGACUUUAUGCGACAUUUAUGACCAAUCUAUACUAGGUCUCCAAACCAGUAUUAUUUCAAUGAUGGCACUUGGGAAUGGGGUAAGAGCUGAACAUUGCACAGAGGUUAAAAAAAAAAAAGAAGAAGAAGAAGAAGAAGAAGAAGACAGAUGCACUGACUUUAUAUAGUUUGAAUAUAAUUACUGUGAAAGUAUUCAUGCUGUGUUCUGGUAUUUUCCCCCUCACAGCAAAUACAUAGGUAGUGAAUUAAUUAUUCAUUCCAUUCCACUCUCAUGCAGGACUCUUGGAUAGACUUGGCCAACUGAUGUUUACAAACCAGAAUUUUGUAUUUUAAUUUUACAGAUUUUACUACAUGAUUUUUCUAAAUUACUAAGUCAGGUUGUCAAAGUCAGUGCAAUAACAAGCUUCCUUUUUAAGAGAAAAUUGUUUCUAUCACUUUCCCAUCAGCUGUGUAAAGAAUCAUGGACAGAACUUACACUACUUUUACCAUGUUUCAUCUGGGCAUAACAUGGUUAUUUUUUUAAAUAGUAACUUUAGUUUUUUUGUAAAUUUUUAAAAAAUAUUUCAUUGACACGCAUCUCUGCGGUUCCUCAUUCAUGUGAAUUUUUGCAGCAAGCUGUCAACAUUCCACAAAUGAACAAACAUUAUACCUCUUCUGAUAGUUUUAUUAGGCAUGGACAAAUUGCCAAUUUUUAAAGACUGCAGUUUUCCAGACUUUUUCUGCCAACCUCCGACUCUGAAUUCCAUGCUGCUUUGGGCCAUAUACUUGACCUAGUUUGGUUUACUAGUGAUGGAAAAGUAUUUUGAUAUCAUUAACUUUUUCAAAAAAUUCAACUUUUUCUCUAUGCCUUUGCCAUGUUUUCUUCAGGGUCUCUUUCAACAGUGAAUGAGUAUUCAGUCUGUAUUAUCGUGUUGUUGGGUUGGCCAUCCUCUGAAAACUCCUGAGGACAUGAUGAAUCACAGUGAAUAGUGGUAUUGCCUGUUCGGUGCCCAAUGGUUAACUCAUUGUCACUUAGUUCUCUAUUAUCAAUUUGACAUUCAUUUUAAGUUGUGGAAUUAGAUGCAUAAAUUCACAUUUCUGCCUUCCCUCUGUAUCUCCCAAUAUACUUUUUUUUUCUUUUAGAUAGAAAAAUAUUUAAAGCAUUGUGUGACAGAUAGAAACUCAUGUGUCUGUAGUCCAUGGGUGAUAUUCUGGCUCAGUGGAGUGGUAUUUAAUAUAUUAUUUUUGGUUUUCCCUCAGUGUCUUAUAUUAAGAUUAAUGUAUUAGUUGCACUAUUGAUUAAUCUCCUGUUGGUGUUUUAAUAAAUGAGGCAACCUUGCCUUUAGAUCAGGUGCUGAUAUUGACUGUUUUCUAGUAAUGGGUUUGAGCAAUGGAAUUGUUGGUUUGAUGAUACAUUUAGACUUAUUCAUUGAAAUUUUGUACUGAUGUGGCUUUAAAAGAGGGUUGUGUGUGUGUGUGUGUGUGUGUGUGUGUGUGUGUGUGUGUUUAGAAUUCUAAUUUUGGUGAAUUACAUGGGAAUGAAGAACAGAAGAACUGAUAUUCACUGGUGACUUCUUAAAUAGGCAAGGUACUCAGUGAUAACACCAACCAGACCACCCGUACCUGCAUGGUUCUGAACAUCUGGAUGCCUAUUGUUUUAUCGUGUACAUUUUAUUUUUAAUAUAUUAACUUUUGUGGAUUCAUUUAAAGUCUGCUCAAAGUAACACUGUCAAAACCACUAAAAUGUAUGUAAAAAAUUGUGCUGUAGACUAGAAUAAAAUUGUUACUUGGA